AUGCCCUCCACAUACACCCUCCAUUUCGAUACGCCGGCAUUCAAGGGGGAUGUUACCAUACCUCUUGGACUCUACAUUAAUGGCGAAUUUAUUGAUCCUGUUGAAGGUGGAACUAUCGAAGUUGUGAAUCCUGCAACCGGCAGAGCCAUUACCUCUGUCGCGGCGGGCACAAAGGCCGACAUUGACAUCGCUGUGCGUGCAGCCAAGGCCGCAUACAAAACAUCAUGGGGUUUGGAAGUUUCUGGAGUGCAGCGAGGCAAACUCAUGAGCAAGCUCGCGGUACUUAUGGGGGAGCACAUCGAGCAAUUUGCUGCGCUCGACGCUCUGGCGAACGGCAAGCCAUACUUGACUGCGUACAACCGCGACAAUAAGGGUGCCAUAGCCGUCAUGGAGUACUACGCAGGCUGGGCGGAUAAGAUUACUGGGAAGACGAUCGAAACGAACAAAAACAAGCUUGCAUACACUCGCCAUGAGCCUAUCGGUGUUGUGGGUCAAAUCAUCCCUUGGAAUGUCCCAAUGUUCUCUCUCUCACUAAAGAUCGCCCCAGCGCUCGCUACCGGUAACACAGUCAUCCUUAAGCCUUCCGAGCUUACGCCGCUCUCCGCUCUCCUCUUCUGCACCCUCAUCAAGGAAGCUGGAUUCCCCCCGGGUGUCAUCAACAUCGUCAACGGUUAUGGUGCCACUGCCGGUCAAGCCAUUAGCGAACACCCACACAUCGGCAAGGUUGCGUUUACAGGAAGUACCCUCACAGGUCGGAAAAUCAUGGAGGCUGCUGCGAAGAGCAACCUCAAGCCUGUUACGCUUGAGCUGGGCGGCAAGAGUCCCAAUAUCAUCUUUGAUGAUGCGGAUUUGGAGCAGGCUGUGAAAUGGGCGAUUCACGGAAUCUACUUCAAUCAUGGACAGAACUGCUCGGCUGGUUCACGAAUUUUCAUACAAGAGGGCAUUUACGACAAGUUUCUUGAGCAAUUCACGCAGGCAGCGCUCGCUAUCAAGGUUGGUGAUCCGUUCGACGAGUCGACAUACCAAGGUCCGCAAGUGUCCAAGACUCAGUUUGAGCGUAUCAUGGGCUACAUCACUUCAGGCAAGCAGGAUGGAGCGACGGUACACAUUGGCGGCGAGCGGAUUGGCACAGAAGGCUAUUUUAUACACCCAACCAUCUUUACCGAGUGCAAACCUGAGAUGAAGAUCGUCCGCGAGGAGAUCUUUGGGCCUGUUGCCUGUGUAAUGAAGUUCCGCACCGAGGAGGAGGCUCUGGAACAAGCGAAUGACACAACUUACGGACUGGCCGCGUCCGUAUUCACAAAAGACAUUGACCGUGCAGUACGUGUUGCACACGCGCUUGAAGCAGGCACCGCUUGGAUCAACUGCGCAAAUCAGACGGAGAUUGCUCUUCCCUUCGGCGGCUUUAAACAGUCGGGCAUUGGCCGCGAAUUGAGUGAGUACGCGCUUGAGAACUAUACAAAUGUCAAGGCCGUGCAUGUCAAUAUUGGCCUCAAGUUGUGA